CAAAAACAUCAACAACAAAACGAAAACACACUCCCUCUUUGUCUUCCUUUCUCUUUCCUCCUUCACCUCUCUCUCUCUUCUGAAAAAAACCUUUCCUCUUUCACUUUCUCUCUCUUCUCUCCUUCCUCUUCUUCUCAAUUUCCCCUGCCCCUUUUCGUCUUUUUCUCCCCUAAACACUAAUCAGAGGGCCAUUAUUCCUCCACGUCGGCAUCGUCUUCUUCCUCCUCCCCCGAUGUAUAUAUAACCGCUUCUCCCUUACUUUCUCUCUCCUCCCCUAUUAUUUUUCACUCUUCCUCUCUCUAGUUUUCUAGGGUUUUCUGGGUUUCGCUGGUGUUACGCUGUGCGCAAGUUUUUCUCGAUUUUCACACUUCCAUGGCUGCUCACUCUAUCUCCUCGUUGAUUCGGUGCUCCCGCCAAUCGCGAAAUUAGGGUUUUGAUUGGAGUUCCGAUUUGAUCAAUUGAGGUCAUCUAGUUUUGUUUUUGAGUUCUCCGCUGGGGGGAUAAGAAGAAUUCAAGUGUUUCUGAGCUGAGUUUGGGGAGGAGGUUAGUGUGUGUUUUGCUUUGUUAUUGUUAUGUUUAAUGGCUAUUGAAAAGAACAACGUUAAGGCGGUGUCACGGCUUGAUUCAGAGUUUUCUGUGGGGAGUAGGAGUAGGGAGAGUAUGUCGAGUGACAAUGAUGAAUUUCGUAGGAGGAAUUCUGUGGAUUCUGAGGAUGAUGAUGAAUUCGAUGAUGCUGAUUCUGGGGCAGGAUCGGAUGAUUUUGAUUUGUUAGAGUUAGGGGAAACGGGGUCUGAGUUUUGCCAAGUUGGAGAUCAGACUUGUUGCAUCCCAUUUGAGCUUUAUGAUCUUCCUGAUUUACACGGAAUUUUAUCGUUGGAUGUUUGGAAUGAUUGCUUGACGGAGGAAGAGAGGUUCAGUCUCACAAAGUACCUGCCUGACAUGGAUCAAGAGAUGUUCAUGCUGACCUUGAAGGAUCUGUUUGAAGGUGGAAAUUUCCAUUUUGGUAGUCCUAUAACUGAUCUUUAUCAGAUGUUGAAAGGAGGAGUGUGUGAGCCGAGAGUUGCUCUUUAUCGCCAGGGGCUGAAUUUCUUUCAGACACAUCAGCACUUACAUUUAGUGCGGAAGCAUCAGGAUUCAAUGGUCAGUAAUUUUUUGCAGAUGAAGGAAGCUUGGCAGAAUUGCAAGGGGUAUAGCAUUGAGGAGAAACUGCGUGUUUGGAAUAUAGUAAGAAGUCAAAAGAGUUUGAUGGGGGAAAGGAUUGAGGACAUGGGGUCUGAUUCUUCUGAAAGGGAGUCGGGUGAGGCUUUGCUGAGUAUGAGGUCGAAGGGACGGAGUACUGGGAAGAAAGCAGGACAUGAUCCUCUAUACGCUACCAGUCCUGCUUUUGAUAUCUUCUCUGGGGGAAGGGUAGCAUCUGGCGAUGUUACCAAAUAUGGGCAGCAGAAUCCAAAAGGAUUGCUGAAGAUAGGUGGAAUUAAAAACCCUUUACCCAAUGUAGCAUCACGUAGCCAUUCUCGUCUCUAUGGUCAUCAGGGCAUGAACACUGGUCCCCAUGGCUCAGACAUGGGUUUCUCACGAAUGGGCAAGGCAGCUGUGCGUGAUGGUAUGCCAGUUAGCGGUGAUGAUGAGCACGAGAUGUAUGACAUAGCUAACCAGAGACAUUUGAAUGUUAUGGAUGGAAGUAUGAUGGUUCGAGGCAGGUCUGUCAAAUCAACAAAGAAACGCGAAGCUUUUGGAGAUGACGAAUGUGCUGGUGAGAGUUAUUCAGGUCGGCAUCAAUCAUCAAAGACUCAUUUUCCUGUUCAUUGUAGGGAUUUGAACAUUAAUCAGCUGUCUGAUAUCAGAGUCUUGACUGCCAAGCCGUCAAAUGUGAGAGGUCUGUAUGAUCCUAUGUAUGACAAUCAAAUGAGACCUGCCAAAGGCCGUUCUUCUCAGCUUGCUUUGAAAGGGAAUCUGGCAGGCUAUGCAGAUGUUGCGGAACCUUUUUGGAGGAAGAAACCACAAGGAGAGGCCUUCUUAACUGAUCCCUCAUUUGAUUAUGAAGAUAUUGAUAUUGAGACCAGGAAGCUGAAGCUGGGCCAUGAAUUUCCUGAGUAUAGACUUAAUGCUAUGCAAGCUGCCCAACAGAUUGAGGAUAGAAUUUUUCAUCCAGAGAACAGAGCAAGGCUUUUUCCCGAGAAUAUUAGAGGGGCUUCAUUGCGAAAUGGAGGGUCCUAUAUGUAUCCCAUAAAUGGUGGAAGAAUGUUGCGUGGAGGUGAAGAAACAGAGUCAGACUCAUCCGAUAAACAUGAGGAAGAAGAGGACAAUGGUGCUCUAAUCAUGUCCAAACGAGCCAAACAUGGCCGUUUGGAAAAUUCUCGAUCUUCCAUGUCCAGGUCAAGUAAUAAGGGUGUUAGAGGAAGUGUUCUGGCUCGUGAAGGGAUGGUACCCGACUCUAGUACAAUGGCUAAUUUUGAAAGGCAAUUUCCAAGGCCAGAGAUGGAAUCUUAUUCCAUGAAAAUGAGGCGGAAGGCAAAGGCGAAUAAUCUGGAUACUUUACAAAAUUUUACCACAAGAGUAUCAGAGGAAUGUUAUUAUGGUGGUUCUGGAAACCCAUAUAUUGAAAGUGAUAGGAAGUCGACUUACAAACUUGGAAGGAAUGGCCAUGUCCUAGCUGAGGUUGCUGGAAGUUCUCCCAUGUCUAUGAACAGGGUCUCACCAAUGGACAGAAGGCAGAAAGGAAAUGUUGACUAUGAAUACUCCAUGCAGUCCAAAAACUUGAGAGACUGCAAUAUGGAAGAAGAUGGGAGGUUAUUUGAAGGAUACUCAAUGGGCAGAAGUUCCAGGGGAAUGGAUACUACCACAAUAGUCGGUUGCACUUCAUCUGCUAAGAAGAAGAAAAAGAGAAAGGAUAUGUCUACAGAAAAUGAUGGGCGAGAUGGUUUUGAUUACUUGCCUUCUCAUCAGCAGCUUUCUGAAUCUAUUUCCUUGAAGAGUUGGGCAAAAAACAGACUGGAGGCAGAGUGUGGAUCCCCAGGUGCCAGCACAUCAGAGAUUCCUAUUCUAGAGGUUGGAAUGGCUGAACCAGAGCUGGAAAUUAAACCUCAAAAGAAGCCGUUCAUUCCAAUAACACCUACUAUACAUACUGGUUUCUCGUUUUCCAUCAUUGACCUUCUUUCUGCUGUACGCAUUGCGUUGAUCACUUCCAGUUCCGAUGAUGCUUUGGAGGCUCAGAAGCAAAAUGAGAACACUGGAGCCAAACCUGAGGACGCUAUCGUGAAGCGUGAAUGUGGAAAUGGUUCCCUGGAGCGGCUGGAUAUGAAUAUUCAGUGUUCAGAAAACUCAAAUGUCCCUUCUUUAACAGUUCAGGAAAUUGUGAAUCGUGUGAGAUCUAAUCCUGGCGAUCCAUGCAUUCUUGAGACACAGGAGCCACUCCAAGAUUUAGUUAGAGGAGUUUUGAAGAUUUUCUCAUCUAAAACAGCACCCCUUGGAGCCAAGGGCUGGAAGCCUCUGAUAUGUUAUGAGAAGUCUACCAAAUGCUGGUCUUGGACUGGCCCAGUUUCAGAAAAUCCUACAGACCAUGAAACCCCUGAGGAGGUCACCUCCCCUGAGGUUUGGAAAAUUUCUCGUAAGAUGCUGGUGAAGUUGGUUGAUGCAUAUGCCAAUUGGCUUAAAAGUGGUCAAGAGACUUUGCAGCAAAUCGGAAGCCUGCCUCCACCACCAUUGGAAUUAAUGCAGCAAAACUUUGAUGAAAAAGAAAGGUUCAGGGACUUGAGAGCUCAGAAGAGUCUAACCACCAUCACUCGAAGCUCUGAUGAAGUCAGGGAUUAUUUCCGUAAGGAAGAGCAACUGAGGUAUUCAGUUCCUGACAGAGCAUUUUCUUAUACAGCUGCUGAUGGUAAGAAAUCUAUAGUUGCUCCGCUGAGAAGAUGUGGUGGUAAACCGACUUCAAAAGCUCGAGAUCAUUUCAUGUUGAAACGAGAUCGACCUCCUCAUGUUACCAUCCUUUGUCUUGUCAGAGAUGCAGCUGCCAGGUUACCAGGGAGCAUUGGUACUAGAGCUGAUGUUUGCACUUUAAUAAGAGACUCUCAGUAUAUUGUGGAGGAUGUCACUGAUUCUCAGGUUAAUCAGGUUGUUAGCGGGGCCCUGGAUCGUUUGCAUUAUGAGCGUGAUCCAUGUGUACAGUUUGAUGGGGAGAGGAAAUUGUGGGUUUACUUGCAUAGAGAACGGGAAGAAGAGGAUUUUGAAGAUGAUGGUACCUCCUCUACAAAGAAAUGGAAGAGGCAGAAGAAAGAUGUUUCCGAGCAGGAUGACCAAGUUACGGUUGCUAGUCAGGGAAACAUAGAAACCAAUGGUUUUGAUUUGAGCGCUGAUCUCAAUGUCGUGCCGACAUGCCUCAAUAGUGAAAAAACAUCAGAGGUUUUGUUUGAUGAUACAAGACAUAGAACAGAAGACGAAUCGAAAGCUAUUCACGUGCCUGAAGAAGCCACUUUCCAGCAAAAACUUGAAAGUAGAUCACAGUGCCAAGAUAACUCCACAAAUGAGAAAAUUAUUGACGAAACGUAAGAGAGAAUAAGAUAUGGGUUGGACUUGUAAGAGCAUUCUCAUAAGCAGGCUUUUCCCAGGAUUAAGCCCAUGUCUAUUCACCUUCCUGUCAAAGUCUUCACGAUGUAUGAUACAUAUUACGAGUACGAGGUGCUACAUAUAAUUUUUUUGUUUUUGUGUAUUACUGAUAUUAAAGCUAAUUGAGAAGCAGAGGAAAGAAGGGAUAAAGGAAGUAAAUGGGUUAAUUUUUUUGGUCUUGUGAAUACAGAUAGUACAGUUGAAUACCUGUCCUAUUAAGAAAAAAGAAGGCGAGUAAGAGCCAAUUCGGUACUCAGUAAAGCAGGAGUAGCAUUUCAGUCUGAUGCUCAGGAAUAGGUGGAGAGCCUUAAUUAGAGAACAUGUCUAGUUAUUUGUAUAAAUUAAUUUGAAUAUUUUGACUUAAAUUACUCCCUGUUUGUUUGAGUCAAUCUCUCAUGUCUGAAUAAAACCCAAAGAUAUCACCUGCCA